UUAAUGAAUUUUGUCCAUUAAAAUUGCUCCAAGUUGCUGAUACUAGGUUUGCUUCGGUGGUUGUAACAUUGAAAAGGUUGAAGUUGAUAAAAAGAUGCCUUCAAGCCAUGGCUAUUAGUGACCAAUGGGCUUCUUAUAGGGAGGAUGACGUUGGAAAAGCUCAAAAGGUGAAAGAUAUGAUUCUAAGUGAUCUUUGGUGGGAUAAUAUUGAUUAUAUCCUUGAAUUCACGGCACCCAUUUAUGAUAUGCUACGAAUAGCCGACACAGAUAAGCCUUGUCUUCAUCUUGUGUAUGAGAUGUGGGAUUCCAUGAUAGAGAAGGUGAAAGCAGUGAUAUAUCGGCAUGAAGGCUUGGAAGAUGAUCAAUAUAGCUCAUUUUGGGUUGUGGUGUAUGAUAUACUCAUUGAUCGGUGGACUAAAAAUUCUACACCACUACAUUGCUUGGCUCAUUCCUUAAAUCCUAAGUAUUAUUCCAUUGAAUGGAUUUCGGAGAAUCCAAAACGCAUCCCUCCACAUCGGGAUCAUGAAAUUUCUAUGGAAAGAAGCAAGUGUUUGGAGCGAUACUUUGAAGAUGAGAAUGACUUAACGGUGGUGAAGUAUGAGUUUGCUAAAUUUUCAGGAGGGAGGUUUCCUUCACCAAGUGCCUUGACGGAUAGGUGGACCUUACUACCGUUGGUUUGGUGGCAAUACCAUGGCUCCGCAUUUCCAACUCUUCAAACCCUUGCCCUUAAACUUCUUGGACAACCUUGCUCAUCCUCAUGUGCUGAGAGAAAUUGGAGCACGUACAAAUUCAUUCAUUCCUUAAAAAGAAACAAAAUGGCUCCUGCACGCGCUGAGGAUUUGGUAUAUGUGCAUUCUAAUCUUCGACUCUUGUCAAGGCGCAAUGAAGAGUACAUACAUACCGCAACAAAGAUGUGGGAUAUUGCGGGAGACUCUUGGAAUGAGAGCGACAUGCAUGGAGGAGCUGGAAUUCUUGAGAAUGCAGCUCUUACACUUGAUGAGCCAGAGUUGGAGGCUAUAGUUAUUGGGAAUGUUAACACUAGUGCUACUACUAGUGAAAGUGAAGUUCGAAGUGAAGCUAUUGAUCUUGAGGAUGAUGAUAUUUGUGUUUGAUUGUUUUGUUGAUUAUCUUUUAUUUUGUUUUAAUUUCAAACUUAUGAGUUGUAUUCUAAUUUCCAAACAUCAUGGAAUGUUUUAGUUUCAAUCUUGUGGAUUAUAUUUAAUUUAUGAACAUCAUGUUUUAGUUGUUAUCUA